AUGCCUGGUCCCCGAAAUAUAAAGAAAAAGAAACAGGUGCAAGCCAAGAAGACGCGGAGAACUGAAACAAGUGGCAAGGCGCCAGAACUCGAAGCCAGUCCAGCCCCGCAGCUAGAUGCGCUCCCCGUGCCCAGCCAAAUAGAUUCAAGCCAACCCGCUGCACAUCCGCCCGUAAUUCCUGAUCGACUGUAUGCGCACGAAACCCAUGACCGAAUCUACGUCCACGACCCCCACGACGACUCGUCUUCUGAAUCUGACACGUGCGGAACGGACGACGACCGUGAGGUCAUACCGCUUGCGCUGCUCACGGAGCCGUUCAUCCAUGACCCGGGCUCAGGCCCGCGCGUACGGGACACACGCGCAUUCCUCGCUUCGUCAUUUGCCGCACCCGCAUCACUCGACGACCCGCUAUGCGCGGAAUUCGCACAAGACGAGAUGUUGGAGAUGUUGAGCACGAUUUUGCCUGAAGAGACAGCGCUGAUUUUGUGGUACAACCGGAGUAGGAAGACUGCAAGAGUGUGUCCUGCGUGUCAGAGACUAUAUCGACUGGGCGAUGUCCUCCCAGACCAUCUUGAUCAUGAAAAGGAGAACUCCGAGCCGCGUGUUGAUGCGCAGUCAUCUCCAUACCUUCUACAUGAACAAGAGCUUAGCGGACUAUGUUCUCCUGUGUGUUUCAUCGUCGCGUCCUUCAAUUAUCCUGGGGCAAUUCGUUCGACGUGGGGUCGUGGCGAAGAAGAACUAGAUGAUGAAACAUGGGAUAUGCUUGACGGUCCAGGUGCAGGCGCGGCGAAGAACGACAUGGGAUUAGGUCUUUUGCUCAAGAUGACCCGCUGCUCGGAUCUCGGACUUGGAGAGCUAUUCUUUCCCGACGAGGAUAUGGAUGGAGAGCCAGAUGAAGGGGCUGUUUGUGAGGAUGAUGAAGCCACGGAGAUGACUCCCAAAGCUGUACGAACUACAGGUAUACGGGAACAAGAGGGGUCCCAGAGCGUCAGCAGCGAAUUAGAAGGUCUCCAAUUGCGAAUGGAAGAUCUAGUGGUGUGCAGAUAA